AUGUCACAGACGAAUUAUUACCAACAACAACCCCAGCAUGGCUUCAACGUACCACCGCCUCAGUAUAGUCAGCAGGGCAAUUACUUAUCCGCCAACGAGAAGCUGAACCAGAACUACUACUAUGAUCGCCCCCCAGCUCCUGAACCUGGUAAGGAAACCUUUGAUGAAACAUUCAAAGUCGAGAAACCGAAGUUCCACGAUGUUCCAUUCACAAUUCUGUUUCUGGCUACAGUUGCUGGAUUUUUUGUUGUUGCGGGCAUCACCCUGAGACAUUACGCCACCUCGUAUUCGUAUGAAGGUUCCUCGAUUUAUAAUGCUGGCAAUUCCUUCUCAUUGAACACCAACACGAUAGUCUUAUUUGCGUUUGUUAUUGUUGUUGCCUUGGUUCUUUCCUUGUCAACCAUUGCCGUUGCUCGGAUGUUCCCGAGGAAGUUCAUUACCAUUUCGCUGAUAUUGAAUGUCAUUCUUGGCUUGGGAACGGCAAUUGCCUACCUCGCAAAGGGCUACUACUCGGCAGGUAUUGUUUUUCUUAUCUUUGCCGUACUCACAGCAUUUUCUUACUGGACCAUGAGAGGCAGAAUUCCGUUUAGCGCGACUGUUCUCACGAUUGUUAUCGAUGUUAUGAAACAGUACCCUAGUACGUGGAUCAUUACUGCAAUUGGUUUUUUCGCAAUCGGAGCCUUUUCGGCGUUAUUCUCUGUCACUGUGGUCGCCUCGUACAUGAAAUGGGGUGACCAAACCUCCGAAGGCUACAACCAUGCCAGGUUGGUUGGACUGCUGGUGUUUGUCUUUUUUGCGGGAUACUACAUCAGUGAAGUGAUGAAGAAUGUUAUACAUGUCACAGUGAGUGGAAUCUAUGGUACCUGGUACUAUCUUUCCAAGUCCAACGCCGGAAUGCCAAAAUUUCAGGCCCUGGGUGCUCUGAAAAGGGCUCUCACUUAUUCGUUUGGAUCCAUUUGUUUUGGUUCGCUGAUUGUCACAUUUAUCCAGCUAUUGCGUCAAGGAGUUCAAAUUGCCCGGCAGAAUGCUCUGAACAAUGGGGAGGGAGUUCAAGCUUGCUUGUUGCUUUGCGCUGAGUGCUUCAUUUACGUCAUCGAGUGGUUUGUGAGAUACUUCAAUCACUAUGCGUACUCAUAUGUGGCCCUCUACGGCAAGAGCUAUCUGAAGUCUGCAAGGGACACCCAUUACAUUUUUAGCUAUAAGGGCAUGGAUGCUCUGGUCAAUGAUUGCCUGAUCGGAACAGCUUUGGGAAUGUACUGCACUUUUGUUGGAUACGUGUCUGCCUUGCUCGCGUAUCUGUACUUGCGGUUCACCAAACCAGGCUACAACACCGAAGGUUCAUACUACGCUCCAGUGGUUGCAUUCACAUUUUUGAUUGCCUUGCAAAUAUGCAAUGUUAUUAGCUCUGUGAUUAGAUCAGGAACCGCAACAUUCUUCCUGGCUCUCGCCAAGGACCCGGAGGUCUAUCAGGCAAGUUAUCCCGAUAGGUUCAAUGAGGUGUUCAGAGACUAUCCUGAGGUGCUAGAAAAGAUCCGCACGCGCGACUAA